CACUGCAUCCGGACCCUUUCUCCAAUUUUAUGUAACUUUCCAAAGGUGUUCUUCAUGAAUAAAAGCUUAGAAAUAAGUGGCAGCAUAGUAUCUUCUUUCUUCACCUUGUUUUUGCUUUUUGUUUUUUCAUUUAACGGGUUAUUUCAUAAUAGUACUUGCACUCUAAGAGUUGCCUUAUUCUUUUUAACAGUUGCAUAGGGUUCCAUUGUAUGGGUGCACCAUAAUUUAUGCACCCUUUCCCCUUUCAAAGACUUUAAGUUGUGUUUAAACUUGUGUGGUAUUAUAAACAAGGCUACAAAAGCUAUUUUCAUUGUGUGUAUUAAUAUAUACAUUUCCCACAUGGGUCACUCUGUCUACAGGAUUAAUUCCCAAAUGCAGAAAUAUGUCAAAGCGUUUGUACUUUUGAAAUGUAGGGAGCUGUGAUUAAAUUGCUUUUCAGAGAGAUUGCAGUGACUUAUGUCCCCACAGCAGGGUAUGAAGGUGAAUGUUUCCCCAUAUUCUCUCCAGGAGUUUACUAAACUUUUUAUGUGCUUGUAUUUUUUAAAUAGUGGUUAUAAACACUGUAUCAAAGGGUCACCUUUGUGAGGGAUGACAGUAGUUGCACUGCAUUUGUUUGCUAGUAAACUUAGAAAUAGUGAACAAAGAUUAAUUCCUUUUUAUUUAUGAUCAUUUACUCAGUUCAGUCUACAGACUUAACCUACGUAUGCCUGGUCCUAGGGGUAGAAAGGUCUGUGACUUGGUCCCUUCCUCCAGGCAGCUUGUUAUAUGGAGGGAGAUAAGAGAUAACUACGUUAUGGUAUGUGUUCUGGUGGAGAUGGAGAAAAUCGUAUAAUAGAACAAGGAAAAGUGUUGCUAGAAUGCUCUUAGGAAGUGUUGCCAAGGACUGUUGAUUAUGUUGAACUUGAUGGUGAAUGCAGUUCCGGAAGCAGCCCAGGUGGAGAGUAGGAAGUUGCUCCUGCUAAUGAGCCAGCUCAGGGUGGAUGCUGUUAGCCCAGCCUCAUCACUUCCCUGCAGAAUUACCAGGCUUCAUGCAGGAAAUCAGCAGCCUGUGAUUGGAGGGCUGGUGUGUGAUGGGAUAAUGAACUUGGUAGUGUCGGCAGAGGUGAUUGGCCAGGCCCUGCUGCAGUGAGAAUGCAGACUGGAUGCUCGGGUCCUUGGCUUGCAUGAUAAGCGAGGACAGCUGAAUAAUUGCGAGCUCGAAGUUGCUUCUGCCUCCGUGAGAGGUCUGCGUGGCUGUCGCUUUUUCCUUUUUUAAAAAGAAAGCCAAACAUUUGAUCACCGUUACCUGCAGAAGUGAGUUUUUAUUGAAGAAGCUCCAGCUGCUUUCUCCUUAUUGCCAGCUUCCCGGCAAGGCUCCCUCAGAGUGAGCUACUUCUCAGGCCAGGCACGACAGCAGUGCUGGCCAAUCUGAAAAAGCAGGAGACAGCCCUUGCAUGCAGAGAGCUUCCAGCCUAGUCUUCCAGGCAGCUGUGUAGCCAGAGAGCCUUGGUAUUGUGGUCACAUUCCUCAAAAGUGAACAGUCACCAUCGGCAGCGUUUGGAGGAAGCUGUGAUGUUGCAGAUGCUGUGGCAUUUUCUGGCUAGCUUUUUCCCUAGGGCCGGGUGCCAAGACUCCACAGAGGGGAACCAUCAUGAAGUCAGAGGCACCCCAGCCCCUGCUCGGGGAGACCAGGUAUCAAGCUUUCUGGUGAAACAGGAUGGAAGGGCUGAGGCCACGGAAAAGAGACCCACCAUUUUGCUGGUGGUUGGACCUGCAGAGCAGUUUCCUAAGAAAAUUGUACAAGCUGGAGAUAAGGACCUCGACGGGCAGCUAGACUUUGAAGAAUUUGUCCAUUAUCUCCAAGAUCAUGAGAAGAAACUGAGGCUGGUGUUUAAGAGUUUAGACAAAAAGAACGAUGGACGCAUUGACGCCCAGGAGAUCAUGCAGUCGCUACGGGACUUGGGAGUCAAGAUAUCUGAACAGCAGGCCGAAAAAAUUCUCAAGAGAAUACGAACGGGCCACUUCUGGGGCCCUGUCACCUACAUGGACAAAAAUGGCACGAUGACCAUCGACUGGAACGAGUGGAGAGACUACCACCUCCUGCAUCCCGUGGAGAACAUCCCUGAGAUCAUCCUGUACUGGAAGCAUUCCACGAUCUUUGAUGUGGGCGAGAAUCUGACAGUGCCUGAUGAGUUCACGGUGGAGGAGCGGCAGACGGGGAUGUGGUGGAGACACCUGGUGGCAGGAGGCGGGGCGGGGGCUGUGUCCAGAACCUGCACAGCCCCCCUGGACAGACUGAAGGUGCUCAUGCAGGUCCAUGCCUCCCGCAGCAACAACAUGUGCAUCGUUGGUGGAUUCACCCAGAUGAUUCGAGAGGGAGGAGCCAAAUCACUCUGGCGGGGCAACGGCAUCAACGUCCUCAAAAUCGCCCCUGAGUCAGCCAUCAAAUUCAUGGCCUAUGAACAGAUCAAGCGUCUGGUUGGUAGUGACCAGGAGACUCUGAGGAUUCACGAGAGGCUUGUAGCAGGGUCCUUGGCAGGGGCCAUCGCCCAGAGCAGCAUCUACCCGAUGGAGGUCCUGAAGACCCGGAUGGCCCUGCGGAAGACAGGCCAGUACUCGGGCAUGCUGGACUGUGCCAGGAGGAUCCUGGCCAGAGAGGGGGUGGCCGCCUUCUACAAAGGCUAUGUCCCCAACAUGCUGGGGAUCAUCCCCUAUGCCGGCAUUGACCUAGCGGUCUACGAGACGCUCAAGAAUGCCUGGCUGCAGCGCUACGCAGUGAACAGUGCAGACCCCGGCGUGUUUGUGCUCCUCGCCUGUGGCACCAUAUCCAGCACCUGUGGCCAGCUGGCCAGCUACCCGCUGGCCCUGGUUAGGACCCGGAUGCAGGCACAAGCCUCCGUCGAGGGCGCUCCACAGGUGACCAUGAGCAGCCUCUUCAGACAGAUCCUGCGGACUGAGGGGGCCUUCGGGCUGUACCGGGGGCUGGCCCCCAACUUCAUGAAGGUCAUCCCAGCCGUGAGCAUCAGCUAUGUGGUGUACGAGAACCUGAAGAUCACCCUGGGUGUGCAGUCGCGGUGACGGGCGCACAGCCGCACCGGCAGACUCACCGAUCCCGGCUGCACCCGGGAUGUGCAGCCACCUCAUUCUAUGAAUGCGCCAACACUACGCUGACUUGCGCCAAGCUGUGAAAACCCUGGGACGAGCCCAUGGGGAGGGGUGGGGAGAGCUGGCAGGUCCAUGGGCUUGUCCUGCUGACCCUGGUGGACCCUUCCGUAGGAUCCAGAGAAGACCCAUGGGCAUUUCUCAGGGUCCGGGGUCAGCAGGAUCCAUGCUUACACACCUGGGGACAGGACAUCUCCUACAGUGCCUGCCAAAGAGUGAGCUUGGAGGCCAAGUUAGUUUUUCCAUCUUGUCCUUGCAGCCAGACGUGGGCUGCAGGCCCCGCGCCCCUCUGCUUCCUUCCUCUCUGCAAGUGCAGUGGGAGGAGGGCUCACGGCCGCGCCCUCCCCAGCCCUCCCCCGCAGUCCGUGGUGAGAGGUGAGGCCAGUCUGACUCCCAACCGACAGGGUUAACACUGACUCGGCUGGGCCGGGGAAGAAAAGGGUCUGGUUUCUGUGCCCACCCUCCACCUGAGUCCUGCUGUUGGCUACCGAGCUCGCCAGCAGCUGAGCGCUAGGAGCACGUGUGCAUGCGGCGGGCUCCCAGCUUGGGGCCUCUUGGUGCUCUGAGCUGGGCUGGACUGUGUCAGGACCGGCCCCACGCUGUGGCACGAGGGCAGUGGAGAUCAUGUUUUAGAGUGAAGGGCGGAGCGUCUGCAUGCCCUGCUGAGAGAGAGAGAAAGGUGUUGAAGGCCUUAAUUAUGUAUCGUUGGGAAAAGGGUUUUGUUCGCACAGACAUGCUGGACAGAUCCACAAGUUCUGUGCUUCUGGAGGGAAGAGCAGAUCAGGUUGUUCAGCUGACUGCAUUAAAGUCUGCUUCCGAUGCCCCUGGGGACUUGUGUCUAAUCCCCUUGGGGCAAAGUGGGACCAGCCUCACAUUCCACUUAUGUGACAUGUCACUCUGCUUGGAGCCUAUUUAUUUUGUAUUUAUUUGAACAGAGUUAUGUCCUAACUAUUUUUAUAGAUUUGUUUAAUAGCCUGUCAUUUUCAAGUUCAUUUUUUAUUCAUAUUUAUGUUCAUGGUUGAUUGUACCUUCCCACGCCGCUGGGUGGGGGGCAGGGAAAGGAGAAGGGGUCUUGGGAGGGACCCUUCCCACUGCCCAGGCUCAAUGUCAUGUCCAAAGAAAUUCCUUUCGGGACUAGAGACAGAAGGAAAGGCAGGUCCUUUGGCCAGGGCAGUGCAGCGCCUGCCCCCAGGGAGCCUCAGGAACCUGGGUGAUGGGGCAGGACAGUGGGAGAAACCUCAGCACUGCUGGCAGAAGUCCAGUUUCCUGGACUGGGAGGAUUUCUUUAUUUCAGCCUCUUUGAAUGACAAGGCAGUGAGGUGCCUCUCGCUGUGAGUUUUGGGGGGCUGGAGGAGGGUAGGAGCCAGCUCCACCCCACCCUUCCCUCAGUAAUGCUGGUCACCUUCACAGCAUGCUGCCAGCAUGGCCUGACGGGAACUGCCACAGGACGCACAGACCAAUGCAAAAACUGUUAUAUAUAAAUAUAUAUAGUUAUAACUGGAAUUUGUCAAAAAGCAAAUUAAAGAAUUGGAAGUUAUCAUUUAAAACAGCCUUCUAAUAAAGUUUCAAAGCUGAUGGA